GGUGUCGCACAGGGUUUUUCUCAUCCCCUGAUUCUGAUCAUAUGCAGCGACUUGGCUCACCACUGAGGCGCGCGGCUUUCCUGACACUUCCUGUCGCUACUGCCGGCAUUGCCUGGUAUAAUUAUCCGUCGAUCAGAGACUUCAUGUCAGGGUCUAAGACGUUUGAAGUCCAUCUCAAGGAGCGUGGUGCAGAUGGGAAACCUGUGCUUAAAAUGCACUCUCUGCCUCGCUUGAGCGAGGCUGAGGUGGACGCAAAGCUGCGGGAACACGCGUACGGACAAACUGUUCGUCGGUAUGGCGGAUUGACCUGGAAGUACCAGACCGCCUUUCUGGCCGCUAAUGAUGGUAUUGAAGAUGCGCACUCUCAAGCAUUGGUGGAACAGGACAUAAGCUCAAAGGCGCCACCGGGUGAUUUGCUCUUUUUUGCGGUAAUGGAUGGCCAUGCAGGCCCUCAUACUUCCAGACUUCUCUCCCGCACGCUCAUACCGUCCGUGGCGUUUGAACUCGCAUCCCUUAUUAGUUCCCCACUGCCAGCCGCUUCGCCACACUCAAAAUUGGUUUUGAACUACUUCAAACGCUUCGUCCCAUACUUGUCUUCCCCGCAGAAGAAUCAGAUCCACGGCGUGGACCCAUCCAAUGUUUCGGAGGCCAUAAAGAAUGCCUUUGUCAAGCUCGAUCACCAGAUUAUCAAUGCCCCAAUUGGACACUUAAAACGUCUACAGUCCCAGAAAUCUGACGUAGCACCUCAUGAAGAUCUAAUGUCUACGCCCUUAAUGCUUCCAGCGAUGUCAGGCUCAUGUGCUCUUUUCGCUUUGCUCGAUACAGCAAGAAGAGACAUGUAUGUUGCGUGCACAGGUGAUAGUCGGGCUGUUGCUGGAUAUUGGGAUGAGCCAGCUGACGGCAGUCCCGGUUACUGGAGAGCGGAGGUUCUAACGGAGGAUCAAACUGGCCGGAAUCCCAAUGAGCUGAAACGAAUGCAAUCCGAACAUCCUGCGGACGAGGCUGACACUGUUAUCCAAAGAGGCCGUGUAUUAGGUGGGCUUGAGCCAACUCGAGCCUUUGGAGAUGCUCGCUACAAAUGGGCCAGAGACAUCCAGGAGAGUCUUGUGCAGAACUUGCUUCCACCUAACACACCAUUUCGAAAAGCCCCCAAAGACUUGAAGACUCCUCCGUACGUUACAUCCGAGCCUGUCAUCACCCACCGCAAGUUGGAUUUCAUAUCAGAUCCCUCUUCUACCUCGGUAUCGACGACUCCAGCAAAGCCGAAAUCCACUUUAAGGUUCGUCGUGCUUGCAACAGAUGGACUGUGGGACGAACUUUCGUCCUCCGAGGUCGUUUCUCUUGUCGGCGGUCACCUAGCCGGCCUGAAGGGGUCCGUGCCAAAAACCGCUCUCAUCGAGACGGUUCGUGAUACGGAAGGUGCUAUGGGGGUGGAAGGUAAAUCUGCAUCCGUCUCCGAGAAAAAGCAACGGCAGCGGGAAACUGGAGAAUGGGCAUUUGUUGAUGACCAUGUUGGAACGCAUGUCAUACGCAAUGCGUUUGGUGGUGCAGACCGAGAUCGCUUGGACAAGAAAAUCUCCAUUCCUCUAGGGAUGGCGAGGAACUUCAGAGACGAUGUCACAGUGACGGUCAUAUGGUAUGAGAAAUCGAACCCUCAGGCUGAAAUAGUCAAAGCAAAGUUGUGAUGCAUGGGCAAGGGUGAAAAGCGGUAUAAUUUACAGCUGAAACAUGCGAUGGUCGUCCAUGUACGAUCUUUAAUGAGUAAUAUAAUGUCUACCGAAGUCGUCCAAACACACAAACGAAAAAAAGAGACUAGGAUUAUGUUAAGAUUCUCUUGUUCAUUUUGGGUUUCAUGCGGCUUGCCAUGCUCGUUCGCUGGUCCUGAUUUGAACGAUCCUCAUGGAGAUUGCUUCGCAAUGCGUCUCGAGAAAACGGAGUGUGCUUGUGCCUUCGUUUAUGGUCGUGCUUCUUGGAUCGGUUGAACCGCGGAGGGAAACGGGCUGAGUUUUCAUCGAGAUGAGAAUGACGCC